AUGUGGACGACCACUAGCGGCCUGAGUGGUCGGUCGCUCCGAUUGAGCAUCACCUUUGCCGCUGUCGUGGGUUUCUCGCUUUUUGGCUACAACCAGGGCAUGAUGGCUGGCCUCCUCAACGGCGACGAGUUCGUGGACUCUUUUCCAAUCCUCAAAAUGCCUGACAAUCCGACUGCGGGCGAAAAGCACUACAUCGACGUCAUCCGUGGUGCUGUCACAUCCUGUUACGAGCUUGGCUGUUUCUUCGGCGCGUUAUUCUCCAUGUUCUUGGGCGACAAACUCGGCCGUACUCGCCUGAUCUUUAUGGGUGCCAGUAUCCUGAUCAUUGGGGCCUUGUUGACAACGGUCUGCUUCACUGGUCAUUGGGAAGUUGGUCAGUUUGUCAUCGGCCGUGUUGUAUCGGGUAUUGGAAAUGGUAUGAACACCGCUACAAUCCCAGUUUGGCAAUCAGAGUGCUCCGGCGCUCACAAUCGUGGUUUUCUGGUGUGCUUUGAGGGCGCCAUGAUCGCUGGUGGUACUUUCAUUGCCUACUGGGUGGUCUUCGGUAUGUCGCACGCCGCCGAUUCUGUCCAAUGGCGAUUCCCGGUGGCGCUGCAGAUCUUUUUCGCGUUGGUUGUGGCUGCUGGUGCCAUGAUGCUCCCGGAUUCUCCGUCUUGGUUUGUCAUGAGAGGGCUCGACAAGGAGGCCUGUGAAGUUCUUGGCAAGCUGAAGGGUACCUCUCCUGAUUCUGAUCAAGUCCUUCAUGACUUCAACUUCUUAAAACAAGACAUGGAAUCCUCAAAGAACACACAGUCAAACUGGAAGACGGUUUUCACAUUUGGCAAAACCCAGGAAUUCCAGCGCCUUCUCAUUGGCUGUUCCGGUCAGUUUUUCCAGCAGUUUACUGGCUGUAACGCUGCAAUCUACUACUCAACAUUACUUUUCCAAGAGAACCUAGGUAUGGAGAAAUACCUAUCUCUAAUUAUGGGAGGUGUAUUCGCGACUGUUUACGUUUUGGCAACUAUCCCGUCAUUUUUUAUGAUUGAAAAAGUCGGCCGUCGUAACCUCUAUCUGGUGGGUUUCCUAGGCCAAGGGCUGAGCUUUGUUAUCACAUUUGCUUGCUUGAUUAAGGAAACUGAGGAGAACUCGAAGGGUGCUGCUGUUGGCAUCUUUUUGUUCAUUACCUUCUUUGCAUUUACUCUGUUGCCACUGCCCUGGAUCUACCCCCCUGAGAUCAACCCACUUCGGACACGUACUGUCGGCGCGUCGGCAUCGACCUGUACUAAUUGGAUCUGCAACUUUGCCGUGGUUAUGUUCACACCCCUUUUCGCUGGUCAGAGCCCAUGGGGUGUGUAUCUCUUCUUCGCGCUCUUCAACUUCCUCGGUCUGAUCUUCGGCUUCUUCUUCUAUGUUGAAACAGCCGGCCGUGAGCUUGAAGAGGUCGACAUCAUCUACGCCAAAGCCCAUGUCGAAGGGAAGAUGGCAUGGAGGGUCGCCAACACCAUGCCCAAGCUCAGCUUCGAAGAAAUCACCCAGCAGUCUCGCGAGCUGGGCCUGGACACCAACGACCAUGGCGUGCACGAGAAGACUGAGCUUGGCCUCAGCAGUGACAGUGGCCAGGAGACUGAAGAGGUCCACGAGAAGCAUUAA